AUGAUUCUGGACUACCCUUUGCGUCACAGGGUCCGUGAUUGCGUCUCUUGCCCUUCGACGGCACCUCCCUGUGAUUGCCCAGGCGAGCAACAAUGCUACGUCAUCUCUCAGAGCUGCAAUGCUUGCACCUCCCUCACGUGCAUAAGCGACACGACCGCCUCCUCUCACGAUGGCAUCUCCGCGGGUGUCAUUGGCGGCGUCAUAGCCGGUGCAAUAGUAUCAGUGUUGCUUCUCCUUAGCCUCUUCAUCCUCUCGCGACGCAGACGGCGACAACAUCAAAACUCUCAACACCUAACCGUCCGUGUCCCGGAAGAGCUGUCCAUGAUCAGCGCAGGAAACACGAUCAAAGCUAUUCUCGUACCAGUAGAUCCAUUCUCGAGGUCCCAAUCCGAUAAAACGUCUUCUCAGAUGGACGAGAAGGCGUAUGGAGGGGGUAUGGGAUAUGGUGGACCCGGAGAGCGAGAGGACGGAGAGAGCGAUGCUGUCGCCCUGGACACCUGA